AAAAACGUAGCGUACAACUGUAGAAACUAGCCAUAAGAUGCCGCCCCCUUAAAUGAUAAUCGCUGGGAAUCAGGAUAAAGUGAAACCAGGCGCCCUACUUUCCCCAGCGCACCGCACGCAGUGACCAUGUCGGCUUGGAACAAGGCGCAUUUGAAGGUCAUUUUAAUUGGCAAUUCCGGGGUGGGGAAGUCCUCGUUUAUGAACCAAUAUGUGAACCAUCGCUUCACCAACACGUACCGCGCCACCAUUGGGGCAGACUUCCUCACGAAGGAGAUCACGGUGGACGGCAGGCUGAUAGUGCUGCAGAUCUGGGACACUGCAGGCACCGAGAGGUUCCAGUCCCUGGGUAAUGCCCUGUACCGAGGAGCACAUUGUUGCCUCCUGCUGUUCGACGUGAGCUCCAUGACCUCCUUCUCAUCGCUCAGUGACUGGCUUAAGGAGUUCCUGGUGCAAGCUGACCCCCCAGAACCAACCAGCUUCCCCUUCGUGGUCAUCGGUAACAAGACUGACCUGCGAAAGCGAGAAGUAGGUCAAGAUGCACACAGCUCUACCCGUGAAGCCCGAACAAGUUUAUGUUUGGCUGUUCCCCAGCGUCUGGCAUUGGACUGGUGCAAGAAGGUGGGGGCCAAGUACUUUGAGGGGAGCGCCAAGGAUGGUGUGGAUGUGGAUAAACCCUUUCAGACAGCGGCCCGUGCAGCUCUUCAGCGGUAUAACACCCACACGCUGGAGAGCACUGGAAGAAAUAUCCAGAUUAAGGUUGAACAGGUAGAUGACACACCAAAAGCCCACUGUCUCUGCUGAUCUCCGCCAGUCACUAUGCUGGCUUUAAUGACCUGGAUGAAGAAGGUACCACAGCGGGGAUGAAGACUAGUUCAGCUAAUGGGCUGUCCAUGACAAAAACUUGCUUGUUAUGACCUGUCAAGUAUAGUAUGUGUGUGCAAAAUUGUACCAGCCUGGGAUAGAAGAAAAUAUGAAAAUCAAACAUGACACAGGGCAGUUGUGGGCUCCAAGCUGCAGUGCUGUGUGUAGAGAUGGGUUACCCUUCUAGCCUAGAGGACAUAAAGCUACUUUCCACUAGGCAAAUGAAGUGGACCGGGACGUUGAUGCAAUUUUUGUUCAAAGAAAUAAAUAAAUCCUGGAGAAGAGGUAGGGAUUCAGCUAAAAUUGCUCUCUUUCAAAACCAUAUGAAAAUCGACAAGGAGAUGGUAUUUCAGUUUGUUUUAUAAGUCAAGACACAAAAAGGCAAUCAAGAGAUGACCAACAUGUAAAAAUGCUUAUUACAGGUAAUUAUAUAAAAAGGCCAAGAUGUCUUCUUGCUAUAUGAACUAAUAUACAAGUGAGCCACACUGGCUAUGCCAAUAUUCCCUAACCCUGCUAUCUUGCCCAAACUGGCCACCUCCCCUGUUCAUGUUAAACACCCCACCCCUCCAAAAAAACCAUUAAAGUAAAAAAAAAAAAAGAAAAUGGAAAAAAAAA